AUGGCCGAUAGAAGACGUGUCAAUGGUCCACCUGGUGGCACUCGCGCCCCAGUCUUUGCUUCUUUGCAAGAAUCCUCCACAGGCGCCGCAGAGCGCGCCCAGCGCCAGCGCCAACCCGCUGAACUACGGAAAAUCUUCCUGAAGACUGGAUUGAUUCCCACAGCCUCAGGCUCCUCAUAUCUCGAAUUCGAACCAUCCGCCUCCCUCGCCGCAGCACGCUCCAACCCCAAGUCUCUGAUCCCGCCAUCCUCAGCACUCAAGGUGGCCUGCACAGUUCACGGUCCCAAACCACUCCCUCGAUCAGCCGCAUUCUCUCCAAACCUCGUUCUCACCACCCAUGUUAAGUACGCGCCUUUCGCCGCCCGCAAGCGCAGAGGCCACAUCCGCGACGCCAGCGAGCGCGACCUCGGCGUACAUCUAGAGACCGCCCUUCGCGGCGCAAUCAUCGCCGAACGCUGGCCCAAGAGUGGUCUGGAUAUCACUCUGACUAUUAUCGAGGCUGAGGAUGACCGCUGGUGGGGCGAUGCUCCGGAUUCUCACGACGCCUCGUGGGGAAUGAUGAACGUUCUCGCUGGAUGUAUCACAGCUGCAUCAGCAGCCAUUGCAGACGCACAAAUUGAUUGUCUGGAUCUUGUUUCAGGUGGUGUUGCCGCUCUGGUCUCGGAUGACUCGAAGCAGUCUUCUUCCAGUGCCCCGCGGUUGAUGCUAGACAUUGACCCCGCGGAGCAUCGAUCUAUCCUCUCGGCUUGUGUGGUUGCGUAUAUGCCUGCGCGUGAUGAGAUUACUGAGCUGUGGCUUAAGGGUGAUAGUUCAAAGGCAGCGCUUGAGAAGGGCGAUACCCGCUCGAGUCAUGAGGCUUUGAUAGAUGGUGCUGUUGAUGCGGCUCGCGGUGCUAAUACGGUGCUGUCUGAGGCUGUUACGGAAUCUAUUGCGAGGUCUAUAGCGCAAGUUUAA